CACACACACGCACACACACACACACACACACACACACACACACUCAUGCUAUCUACAUGAUAGUUGUAUAAUGUAGUGUAGACUUCAAGACCGCUGUAAUUUUAAAUUCUACCAGGUCUAUAGGAGAAUAUUUAUAUAUAGGAGAACACACACUUGUAACCCAGGAUUACCUCAGAGAUCAGAACAGACAGGAGUUUAGAUAUGCGUAAUAUGCGUUCAAGAGAUGAUGGUUCAACAGAAUGCGAAUACGCAAAUUGGGAGAAACCCCGGAAUACCAGGAACGUAGACAAGCAGGAUCCUCAAUGCUCAGGAGGCGAUACAGCAUGGAGCAGAUGUUCCAGGUUGAUGGCAGUGUGUGCAGCGCUGCUGUGUGUUCUCCUGCUGAGCAUCGCUAUACUGCAAUCAAUAAAACUCAACAACAUGACCGAGGAAAGAGACCGGUUGCAGUUCAGUUAUGACAGCAUGACCUCAAGGAGAGACCAGCUUCAUGCUGAGAGAGAUAAACUGCAGAAGAUGUUGAAUGAUAUCAUCCAGCAGCGUCUGAGAUACUUCACCACAAAGCGCAUGGGCUGGAACGAGGCAAGACGGGAAUGCAGAUCAAGAGGAGCCGACCUUGUGAUCAUCAACAACCAAAAAGAACAGGAGUACCUCAGUCAGAUGUGUAUUGGUGAGGCUUGGAUUGGUCUCAGUGACAGUGCUGAAGAGGGGAAGUGGACGUGGGUGGAUGGUACAAAAAUAACCACGGGGUUCUGGUGGCAAGGAGAACCUAAUAACUAUGAUGGGAUUGAGGACUGUGCUGCAACUGGCAGCAAAUUUGCUAAAGCUGAAGUUAUGACAUGGGCUGAUUAUCCCUGUGAAACUGAAUUAAAUGCAAUUUGUGAAAAGAAGGCAAAUGAUUAGAGCAGAAAUCUCUUUUAACUAAAAAAUAUCAUAUGUAUUUUGUUAAUCUUAUCCAGGGUCAAGGCCAUGGUUUUAAACCAAAAUCAGCUAGUUUUGUAAAAAUGUUGCAAAGCAGUGAUGUUUUUUUAAGGAAAUAAUCUGAAAUUGAAAAAGUCAGUCUCUCUUUUUACGUAUUAGGCUAGCUUCAGGCCUUUUUGUGCACAAGACCUACAGUAUGUAAUUGUGCCAGUUGUAGUUGCGAUGGACAUUUUCUGAGAUCUGGCAACCAUGUUCUUCAAACACACUGCAAAUCCAAGUACAAUUUUUAAUUUUAAAUUUCAGUGCUUUUUCAGUUUCAAUUAUUUGCACUUGUUGCUAUGUAUUAUGCAGUGACAAGUCAUAUCUAUCUAUCUAUCUAUCUAUCUAUCUAUCUAUCUAUCUAUCUAUCUAUCU